AUGUCACGACUUGCUUCAACUCCCUCAAGCGAGUCGUGCAAGAGUUCCGUUCGAUGGCUGCGUCCUGAUGCCCAGCUUCAGAUGGCUCAGCCGAGCGUCAGGCCAUCAGCUGUUACCCUCGCUGCUGAUCCUGGCGCCGCAUUCGCCAUGGAUUUUGACGCAAUGGUCGCUGAUUGGGACGAAUACUUGAACAUUGGAAACAACAAGGGAGGAGCGGAAGAGGGCUUAUCCGAUGAUGACUACAACCCAAAAGCCAAGAGGCCAAAAGGAAAGGGUAAGCAGUCUGCAGUCGCACCGGCUUCCACCACGGAAAACGCCCGCGCCAAUGCGCAUACACUCAACGAAAAUCACGACCUCUUCCUCGCCAAUUCUUUUGAUGCUUCAUUUGGUGGCAGCGGCGCCAACAUGAUUUCAUCUUCCCAGAAUGAUACCUUCGGCUUCGACGAUAGUUUCUUUGGCGCUUUUGAUGGCCUGGAUAUUGGGGAGGGUGUUGGCGAUGACGUCGUAAGGGAACUUGGUGAAGGCUGGGGAGCCGCCCUGGAGAAUCCAGUCGACCAUGAUAUGCAAGUAGAUGAACCGAUUGAUUUCGGGUUCAACGAUGCAGAUAACCUGUAUUUCGAGCACGAUCCCAUGAACGAUGCCGGUGCAUUGGAGCAGAAUGUCUUGCCCCUUCCUCCGUCGGCCUUUGCUACGCCUCAAGGCACACGACGGCCCGGGGGCUCAGCAGCUACCCUUCCCUCUUCUUCCCUCACCGGACACUCCCUCGAAUCCUCCACUGGUCCUUUGACUGUAAUUGCCCCGCAGGUCGAAGAGACCGAGCCCGUUGCACCUGACGAUCAUCCGGCUGAACCCGUACCUAGGAAGAUCAAGCGUGCCAGGCUUCUUUUAGAUGUGCGAACGGAGUUGACGGAUGACGAAUUAAAGGCUGCACGUCUGUAUUAUCUGGAAGAGCAGAAUGCUAUUCAUCGACAACUCGCGCGGAAGAAUUUUGAGAAGAACCAAGGCAGGCUCGUCGACGGUUUGCUUUGGGGUAUUCCAGAGCACAUGCAAGCCAAAGAACUAGUAGACUUUUGGCUGGAUCAUUUCAAAGCACAAUUGGACGCUCGAUCUGCGUUCAUGAUUGACCCUCAUGAUGACUCUCCUCCGCCAAAACGGAGAAAAACAAAAACCAAUGCUGAAAUCUUUGGUGGAGUUGAACAUGUUCAAGUCCGCCCUGAAAGUCCUGCGUUUGGUGUAGGCCAGGCAAGCCCAGAUAACACGAAUUUCGAUGCCGGUGGAGCAGAUAUUGACAUGAAUUUUGACAUGAAUUUCGACGUGGGUGAUGGCUGGGGUGCUGUAGACGAUGCGGAACCAGAAUUGCAUAAUCUUCGCUCGUCCGAGGAACCGGGACAAGCACGUCACGCCCCUCGCCCAAUGUCCGUGUUGGGCGACGAAUUCGGCUUGGAUGUCGUGCAGAACUCCCUCUCUCAGCGUAGCGCGCUCUUCCCUUGGGACAAUGCGGGUGGAAGCUCCUCAGUAUCUGGUGCAGUACUCCUUGGUCGCCAGAGCAGUGACAAAAUCAGUGUUGACCACGCCGAGACUCGCAUGAGGGGCAGCUCACUGAGCCGACGAGGAAGUUCUAUUCCAAGUCAACAAGGCGACGUAUUUGGUGGUACUGCAGGUUUACCUGCGAGUCCUCAAAUAAUCGACGACGAUUUUGUAUUCAAUGUCCCAGCAGGCAAUUCUGUGGCCGAAUCUCAAUUGUCCGAGGUCAAUCUGGCCACCCUCGAGAGAAAUUCCUUUAACUUCCUUGAAUACGCAAAGAUGCAAUAUAAAUCUCUGUCUGGGUCGGCUAGAUUUCUCGCUUUUGACGAUAUCGUGCCGCAGACCACCAGCACUGCACACGUCGCAGCAGCAGCUCUCUAUCACUGUCUUGGUGCGUGUCCGUUGAUCACGGUGCUCUUCGCCUUUCACGCAGCGGCUAUGUAUUUCGUGCAAGCCGGACCAUAUCCGAUGUUAGGCACGAAGGACCUCAUUCAACUUCGUCAAGAAGAGGCAUAUAGAACCAUUGAGAUCCGUAUCAAGUGA